AUGUCGCCCUCCCGAUGUCGAUGUCGCCCUCCCGAUGUCGAUGCCACCUUGCCGAUGCCCCCCUUCCGAUGUCGAUGCCACCCUCCCAAUGUCGAUGCCACCUUGCCGAUGCCACCCUCCCGAUGUCGAUGCCACCCUUCCGAUGUCGAUGCCACCCUCCCGAUGUCGAUGCCACCCUCCCAAUGUCGAUGCCACCCUCUCGAUGUCGAUGCCACCCUCCCAAUGUCGAUGCCACCCUUCCGAUGUCGAUGCCACCCUUCCAAUGUCGAUGCCACCCUCCCGAUGUCGAUGCCACCCUCUCGAUGUCGAUGCCACCCUCCCGAUGUCGAUGCCACCCUCCCGAUGUCGAUGCCACCCUCCCGAUGUCGAUGCCACCCUCCCGAUGUCGAUGCCACCCUCCCGAUGUCGAUGCCACCCUCUCGAUGUCGAUGCCACCCUCUCGAUGUCGAUGCCACCCUCUCGAUGUCGAUGCCACCCUCCCGAUGUCGAUGCCCCCCUCCCGAUGUCGAUGCCAUCCUCUCGAUGUCGAUGCCAUCCUCUCGAUGUCGAUGCCACCCUCCCGAUGUCGAUGCCACCCUCCCGAUGUCGAUGCCACCCUCCCGAUGUCGAUGCCACCCUCUCGAUGUCGAUGCCACCCUCUCGAUGUCGAUGCCACCCUCUCGAUGUCGAUGCCACCCUCCCGAUGUCGAUGCCCCCCUCCCGAUGUCGAUGCCAUCCUCUCGAUGUCGAUGCCAUCCUCUCGAUGUCGAUGCCACCCUCCCGAUUAAGAAUUAA